AUGAGAUUACAGCUCAUCUGCUUUGUGGCAUUGGGAAUUCUGCGCUUCUGCUCUGCGAAUGAGGCAGCCUUGCAGCCUGCGGUCCAUGUCAAAGUAGGACCAGGCAGCUUUCUUCAGUGGCUUGCCAUGAUAUUGUUGCCAGCUCCUCCAGUCACACCAGAGACCACUCCAGCUACCAUAGCCACUACAGCCAGCCACGUGCAGGGAUCCACAACAGAGCCAUCAUCGAGCCUUCCAAUCGAGCGGGAAUGCAGCAGCUGCCGCUGCGGAUUGAUCAACACGGAGCGUAAGAUCGUUGGCGGCCAGGAGACGCGCCGUCAUCAGUAUCCCUGGAUGGCUGUGUUGCUGUUGCUUGGACAUUUCAACUGUGCCGGCUCACUGAUCAACGAUUUGUACGUGCUAACAGCUGGCCAUUGUGUGGAGGGUGUGCCGCCCGAACUGAUCACCGUGAGGUUACUGGAGCACAAUCGCAGUGAUAGCGAUGCCCUGGUGCUGCAACGGCGCGCCGUGCGUGUGAAAGUGCACGAGCUGUAUAAUCCUCGGAGUCUCGAAAACGACAUUGCCCUGAUAAGACUUGAUCAGCCGGUGAGCUUUGAGGCGCCCAUGCGACCCGUUUGCUUGCCAGUGUACAGUUCCAGCUUCGAGGGGGAGCUGGGCAAGGUUACGGGCUGGGGUGCACUGCGAGAGGGAGGAUUUGCAGCGCAAGUCUUGCAGGAAGUCGAUGUGCUCAUUCUUAGCCAAUCCGAAUGCCGCAGCUCCAGCUAUAGUCCUGCCAUGAUCACCGACAAUAUGCUCUGUGCCGGAUACUUGGGCGAAGGCUCCAAGGAUGCCUGCAGCGGGGACAGCGGCGGACCGCUUCAUGUGCUCCUCGACGAGCAGCCGGGACAGUAUCAGCUGGUUGGCAUUGUCUCCUGGGGCGCUGGCUGUGCCCGACCCGACUCGCCCGGAGUUUAUACACGGGUGAAUCAAUAUCUGCGCUGGAUUGAAGCCAACACCCCUUCGGCCUGCGCCUGCAUGGAGUACCCCGAGGAAGACUACUAG